AUGAUUCCUACAGUGUUGAAUAUAUAUGAGAACAAGGAUGUUCAAACAGACAGUUCUAUUUAUGAUCAGAAUACAUCAUUUAAUUUUGAUAAUGAUGAGAAUAUAAAGUUUGAAGCCCAAAUUCCACAAGUUCAAUACGAACCUGAGAUGGUUCAGGGGAUAAUUCGUCCAUUAACAUUAGCUCCUGAUGGAACCAUCAUCAAUCAUCAUAUUCCUCGUCUUUUUAAACGCAAAAACGUACCAAUGAUUCGUUCAUUAGCCGAACAAAUUGAAGGAAACAAAUCAUUCAAAAGUGAAUACGUUAGACAAAUGGCAGCAGCAUUGAUUCCAGGAUUAAAAGACAAAAAUUAUCACUCAUUAUUUACAGAUCCCCUUAAAAUUGCUUACAGCGCUGUUGAUGGCCAAUAUAAACCAAACGGUGCUAUCGAUGCAAUCCCUUGCAAAGCCAUUUUCAGUCUUGACAGCAGAUUAACAAUCCAAACAGAAACACAGACAAUUCAAUGCCAUAUCGAUACAUGGGAACGUCUUACAGCAGAUAGCAAACUCUAUGUCAUCAACGGCGAACAGAAACUCGGCGUAUUACAAAUUUCUCAAGAUGUUGAACCAAUUAACUUUGCAAAAGGCAUUCCAAAGCAACUUCUUCAAGCAUUUCAUAUAGAAUCAGAAGAACAGUUUGGUUCUCUCAUUACAGAAAACGAUACAUCUUUAGUUGACGUAAUUCUUUCAAUUCCAACUUUAUCAUCUAAAGAUGCAAACGACCUACUUGCAGUUUUACAUACUAGAAAAUUGCUUUCACCAUAUAUAAGGUCAAAAGUUUGCGCUUUACAGCUUUCGAACCCAAUUGAAGAAAGAUCAUGGCCUGAAUUGCUCGGAAGAUUCAUUUUCUUACUCGACCCACUUUGGGUUUACAAGAACAUCCCAUUACUUAGACAGAACGACGUUAUGGCCAUUUUCAGACAUAUCAUGGAUAUGAAUGGCGGAGCUCGUUACGUUCUCCAAGUUGCCCUCAAAACCCUUGACGAAACAAAGGGUUCUGAGCCACUUUUGUUCUUCUGGACUUUGAUUUUCAUGUCGCUUCUUCAGAAUGCAACACUUGCGAACAAAUCCCACGCAGACAGGUUGCGCAACAAGAUGAUCGCAAUGUGGAAGGAGCUUCAGAAGAAGAAAGAUGAAAGUAACACAAGAAAACUCACUUUCGAGAUAAUUGACAAGAUCAAAGAGAUAAAGCAAUUCAAACUCGAUUCUGUCGUCCAUGAAGAGAAUGAGCUCAUUGCUGCCAUUUUCAAAGAGCAUCAUGAUGCAAUUUUCACGAUUAUCAGAAUCAAUCCAUUCCGUCGUGAAGAAUCACAUCCUCUUUACUUCCCAGUUGUUUUGGCUCUUGAAACAGCCUUGUUACAAGCCAGCCAGAACAAAGAACUUAUCAGCAGUGAAUCAGAGUCACUUAAUGGUGAUUUCGAAUCUGAUAGUUCUAUUUCAUCACGUAGCUCAAAGCAUUCGCAGCAUCCUGACUCAAUUAACCAAGAAAAAAUUGAGAUGGAAUCUGCAGGUUCAAGAUCUUCAAGACAUUCAACCAGAAAUUCAGAAAAACCGAAAUCUCCUUCUGAAAAACCUGGUUCUCCAGAAGUUGAUCCAAAUCCAGACAGACCAUUCUUCGAUGCCAAGUUAUUCCUUGGUAGUGAAGACUCUUUGAACUCGAAUGGCUCGAAGAAGAUCAAAUCUCGUAACGUUUCAGCACAGAUUGACGAUGAUGAGAAUCCAACGAUGGAAUCUGACCAUUCUUACUCAAGCCGUAAGAGAAAUACAACCCAAUCAUCAUCAAAGAAGACACCUACUCAGGAAUCAUCAAGAAAGAAUACUGGAACCCAAGAUUCUCAAAAUAGGAAUACUGGAACACAGGAUUCUCAACGUUCUGCCAAGAAAUCAGCUGCAUCACAGAGAACACAAGAUUCCCAGAGUAAGAAAGAUACUUACGGAACUUAUGAAUCCUAUAAAUCUUCAUCACAAAAGCCACAGCCUUCUAAGAUGCCUGUAAUUGAAGAAAAUGAUAGCUACUACAGCGAUUACGAAGAAGAUGCUGAUAAUGUUCCUCCAGCGGCCUCUAAACCACAAGCGAAAUCUCAAUAUUCUGCUCAUCAUUCAGGAACGUAUUCCAGAUCAGGAACAUAUUCCAAAUCAGGUGUCUAUUCCAAAUCCGGCAAUUACUCGAAACAAGGAACAAAUAGUUAUUCAACUCGAUCUUCCCAAAGGAAACCUCCGCCACCAAUACAAGAUCAACCUGAUGACUAUUCAUAUACUGAUGAAGAAGAAGAACAACCAGUUUAUUCUUAUUCAAAGAGCGGAACAUACGGAUCUUACUCUUCUGCUAAGAAAUCCGCAAAACCUGCUCAACAACCAAUCCAAAACAAUGAUGGAGACUACAGCUAUUACAGUGAUGAAGGCUUAUAA